AAAUAAAAGUGCAACACAUGAUCAAAGGAUGGCAAAUUUUGUGGUCAAGCGGAACAUGCCCUAUGCACCGAAGUUCAAGUUCUUUGGCAUAUCCGGGAUUCAUAUCCGACAUUUUCACCAGCAUCUUCACGAGCGUGGACGCGAACGACCCCCGCGGAUUUGCGUUCUCGGCGACGAACUGUCCGGGCUCUCUACUGCCUACCUCUUACAGCAAAGACUGGGUCGAGAUCGUGUAGACGUGUUUGUAAUCGGGUUCGAAGACGGUUCCGCACGUAGAUGCGGCAUGCGAAGCGAAUGGGUGAAGAGUGUGCCUCAGACGAGUGGUGGAUUUAGUGGAGCAGAGGACGAAACCGAAAUGAGAGGCUCUUCUGUCUUGCUAGAAAAGGGCAUGUAUGGUUCCAUCCUGAGCAAUCGCGCGGGUCGAGAGGCAUUGGGGCUCGUGAAAAGACUGGGGAUAGAAAAGCAUUUGAGGCUGGCGGAUCCGAGGGAAAGUUCGGAAUAUCUGCUCAAGUUGGAGAGAAGGAACGGGACAUUCUGGUUGCAACGAGCCCUCUCUGCAAGACAUAUUUUCCGAUAUGGUUUCAGUUUUCUGGCUGAUUUGGUACGUGGCUUUUUGCCCUGGAAUUGGUCACUUCUUUUCGCAGGUGCAGCGGACCUCAAGGGAAAAGACGAUCUUCCUUGUUUGAGUCGCUUUGUACGGGCUCGAUUCGGAAGUGGCAUCGCUAAAACGUUUCUUGACCCGGUGGUUUAUGCCACGUUUGGAAUUCCUGUUGUGGAGGUGGACGAGAGGAAUACGGCGAGAAGGAGCAAUCAAAAUGAAGAUCGUGUCGAACAACAAGGACUACAAUUCGCUCUAUCGACGCACUACUCGUUCCCGCGUCUUCUAGAAAAUGCUAAACGCAUGACCACAUAUUCAGGAAGCUCUCUUUGUUCCUUAUUCUUUCCUGGCUCGGUGCUGGCAGGAGGGGUGUUGAACUCGUUGUUCUCGACAAACAGCAGUUGGCUUUGCCUACGCGGAACCGACCCGUUGCUACUUCAGGUGUUGCAUAAAAAGGGUCGAUGCUUCUCGUUUUACGGUGGUUUGGAGUAUUUGGCAAAGGCAUUAGAGUGGGAACUGAUUAUGCCCUCUGGGAAGAAGAGUAUUAACGACUCUUCUACUUUGCUCCGGUCGGUUGAGACACAGACUGAAGAACCACUCGCUACAAAGUCGACGAGUGCGCUACGAAUCUUACCAGGACAUACUACAGGUAGUCCUAGUCGUGGAGGAGGAGGAGGAGGAGCUACGAUGCGUUUUCCACGAAGCAUGUUGUCUGAUACGGAAGACUACGGAGAGAAGCUAAACCAAGAGAUGCUGGCUUGGGAGGCGCGCGUCGACAGUUUGUCCAAGAGGGAUGUCAGUUUCUUGCCAACAGCAAGAGAUAGCAGGAGCAGAAAAAGCAAAUUCCCUGAAAAGAACCUAACUGAUUUCAGUGAAAACAAUUCGAGACUUUUUAAACUGCGAGACAACUGUUGUCCCUCGAACGCGCAAGAAGAAGGAAAAGUACUUGAAAUCCCUGAUAUCGACUGUAUCGUUUCCGCUCUUCCGCCUGCUGAAUUUGCGAAGCUUUUGCCACCAGCUGAAGAAGUAGAUGGCGAUAGGGAUAGGGAAAGUGACAGUGGCAAUAAUGUAGUUACCGAGCUCCGCAACCUACUCAAUUCCUUCCCUGUCCAAAAGUGUGCCGUUGUUUCCGCUACGAUCGAUAUGUCAGAAACAACUAUGAAAAAGAAAAAGGAGAAGAAAACACUUUUUAGAGGAGGCGGUUAUUAUGCAGCAUCUUCGUCUCUAGUGUCAGCGGCGGUCUUUCAAACACGAUUAUUUCCCAACGUUGACGUGAAUCGCACGAACAAUAUGGCGGAAUCGCAAAAGACCGAAGUUGCAACCUUUUUCGUGCCUUCACCUUCUAGCACUGAAGGCGAAGAUGUAGCAAAAUCGAAUAAACCGUCGUCUGCUAUAAGUGUAGUCCAAAACGAGAUCCAGAACUUUCUCGGCUUGGUGAAACCAACGACGCCAGACAGAAAAACCAAGACAGAACCUGAAUCAAAAGCGGAGCGAUCUCGUCUUUCACUCUCCGCAACUUCUCACAAAUACGGCUACCCUAUCUACGAACAUAAAAAGCAUGCUGAACGACUCCAACAAGCUACAAAGUUAGCACGCCAGGUCUUUGGCGUAGACGACUUUCACUUUGUUGGCAGAAAUUUUCAUGGUCCUAGUCCGGCUGAGGAAAUCGUUGAUGCUCGAAAGAUCGUAGACAAAAUAGCAACAAGAUACCAAAGAGCGCAUAUGAUGCACCUAGAAUUGUGUGGGACAGCUUGAACAUGAACUUGAAGCUUUCCUCGGGCAACAUGCGUAUAAUUUUCAAAUCUAGAAGUAAGUUCUACAGCAACGUAAGUAACAAAAACAGUUGCAAAUGCUGGCGCGUCCUCAAC